GAAGUAUCUCUCUGGAAAAAUCUGCUCAUCACCGACUUAGCCGCGUCAAAUUGAAAUGGUUUAGUGGCUGUUCGGCUAACAAGCUGUACCUAUCCAACCACCGGACAGGAGCGAAUGACCGGCUCUUUGCUCCAUCUCGAGUGGACGACGAAGAUAGCUUGGAAGCUUCUCUCUUUGGAGGCAUUGCCGCGCAACAAAAAACGCCAGUGGUUUGGAGCCAGUCUCAAAAGCUACAGCGGCACCUAGAGAAGAUGUUCUGGAUAGGCUGGCUAUGUGUUGCUGCUGCCGGUGCUCUCCUAGCAAGUCUUGGGAAUGUCUACAGCCAUUGGCAGAAGCUACCGCCGGGGCCGUGGGGAUGGCCGAUUGUGGGGUGCUUAUUCUGCGUCUCGAGGCGCAAUCUUCACCGCAGCUUCGCAGAGCUUGCCACCAAGUAUGGACCGAUUGUUUAUCUCAACAUGGGAAGCAGGGCGACGGUAGUGAUCAGCAGUCCGGAGGUGGCCAGGGCGGUGUUCCGGGAACACGAUGUGCAGUUCGCCAGUCGGCCGCGCUACUCGACACCAUUCAAGCACAUCAGCCAGAAUUUCAAAGACUUGGUGUUCGCGCCUUAUGGCGGCAGAUGGAAGAACCUGAGAAAGAUAUGCAGCACGGAGCUUUUCACAGCUUCCAAGGUGAACAUGUUCGGGGGGAUAAGAAAGGCGGAGCUGCAUGACUUUUGCAACAGCAUUGCAAUGCGGGCUGCCGCCGGAGAGGAAGUGAACCUCAGCGUCUGCUUCCAGGAGCUGCUUACAAAUCUCAUGAGCAGCGUCCUCUUCGGGAAAAAGUUCUACACCAGCGACCUGCCUCCUGUGGCAGAGGCAGCAGCGUACCGUGCAACUUGGGGUAUGCUCACACAGGAGAGCGGCAAGAUCUACCUCGGAGACUACAUCCCAGCACUGCACUGGCUGGAUCGGCUGCGAGGCAAGGACCAGAGGAUAAGAAAAACAAUCAUCCCCGCGUUGCAAGGCCUUCUAAAUUCCGUCAUCGAGGAGCGCCGCAAGCAGCUCAGGCGCGACAAGCCGAGAGACUUCGUGGACGUAAUGGUGGCACUCAACGAUCAAAAGAGCCUUUCCAACGAUGAGAUUGUGGCAAUUAUCCAGGACAUGCUCCUUGCCGGCACCGGCACGACGAGAUCCACGCUCGAGUGGGGCUUCUCGGAGCUGGUCCGCCACCCGGAAGUCCAGCGGCGAGCACAGGAAGAGCUCGACCGGGUCGUGGGCCGUGAGCGAUACGUUCAGGAGUCGGACCUCUCGGGCCUGCCGUAUAUCCAGGCGCUCGUCAAGGAGAUAAUGCGGCUCCACCCUGCCGCGCCUCUGGGCCUCCCACACUUCAACUCAUGCCCGGUUUCGCUGGCCGGCUACACCAUCCCGGCCAACUCGACGCUCCACGUAAACAUCUGGACGAUCUGCCGGGACUCGAGCUCGUGGGAGAGAGCGCACGAGUUCCGGCCGGAGCGGUUCCUCGGCAGCUGCCACAACUUGCUAGGCCAGCACUUUGAGCUCAUCCCGUUCUCGUCCGGGCGGAGGAGGUGCGCGGGGAUCAACCUGGCGCUGCUUCAUGUCAGCCUCACGCUGGCCUAUCUCUUGCACAGAUUCGAGUGGAGGCCGCCGCCGGGGGUGGAUGUGUCCGAGAUCGACAUGUCCGAGACGACGGGUCUGGCUUGCUUCCGGACUGUGCCGCUGCGCGUCAGUGUGAGGCCGCGGCUGGAGCUUCCGUGAGGUCUGGCCGUGUGGAGUAGACUCUACAGGAGCGUUGUCACCAUGACAAGGUGAAGAAAAUCUUAUUCUUUGUGUCGUGGUUGAUCGCCAGCUCGAGAAGAAGAAGACUGGAAAACGAUUGAUCUUCCAGCACUGAUUCCAUAACACAACACCGACAACUUCACGAUCAAACAACACUUGUGCAAGCCAAAAAUUUGUGUGUUAUGGGACGUGUAAGAAGUGUCUACGUCACAGCGUGAGCGGCGAGUUCCCUGAAUUCGUGGAAGCGCGUUGACUAGCCAUAAUAUUUGAGUUCCCUGAAUUCGUGGAAGCGCGUUGACUAGCCAUGAUAUUUAAUAAACUUGGAGGAUAUUCUCUUA